UUAGCUGUAUUGACAGGCAAAUCAACACCAUGAUUCCAUCUCGCACGCUUCGUAUUGAGAGUGGACAAACUACAAAGACGAUAUAUGUGAUCGGAACCGAACUGAGAGUGAAUUUAUACAGAUGUGCCCCUUCACAGUGCAAGUUCUUCUCUAUAAAAUGCAACCCCACUGUGCAGUUUCGGGUGGAAGCAGGUGCCUCGGCUGCCUCGGUCACCAUGGCCACCCCGGCCGGAGGUUCCUUUCUCUCCCCGCAGCUUCUCACUAAAAACACCGUAGUGUUCAUCUCCAUGAAACUUGCAAGUGAGCUGGUGAAUGACAGCAAGUUAUCUGUGAGGUUCUAUGGAAACAAGUUAGAUGUCCUUGGGAAUGCAGUGCUGCAUCUUACAGCUGUUGACAUCUCUCUGGAUGUGGAUGCAGAUCGAGAUGGCAUUGUUGAAAGGAACAACCCAAACAAGGCUUCUUGGAAGUGGGGUCCAAAUGGCCAUGGUGCCAUUCUGCUGGUCAACUGUGAUUGUGAGUCCACUUUCAGAAAAGAAUUGGACAGUGAGGAUGAGGAAAUCACGAGAGUCUCAGAUUUAAAGGACAUGUCCAAGAUGAUUUUGCGCACCAGAGGUCCAGCUGUGCUCCCAGAGGGCUAUAAACUAAGCCUCCACAUUUCUCGGAGCCACGCUGAGAGUGUGAGGGUCUUCAGGACCAGUGGAAAACCACAGGGCUCUACUCUGAAAUAUCUGCUCUUCAAGCUAUUCCAGAAGGACUAUCCUCUAGUGCUGAAUAAGGAGCAGCUGGCCGGAGAAGUUCCCUAUGUGGGUGGGGACUCCCAGCAGGAGCUCUUCGUGGAGGGCAUUCGCUUCCCCGAUAAGGACUUUGACGGUCUCAUCACCAUAAACCUCAGCCUUUUAGAGCCUAGUGGCCAGGUUUUCCAGGGUUUCCCAGAGACACCUAUUUACACCGACAAGGUCAUGUUCCGUGUUGCCCCUUGGAUUAUGACGCCGAACACCCUCAAACCUGUGGAAGUCUUUGUGUGCAGCACAUCAGACAAUUAUGACUUUCUGAAGGCCAUAAAAAGUCUGGUGCAGAGCAGUGGGUACAAGCUGAAGAUAUGCCACGAGUACAUGAACCGAGGAGACCGCUGGAUGCAGGAUGAGAUUGAGUUUGGCUACAUCGACUCGCCACACCAGAGAAUCCCUGUCGUGUUGGACUCUCCACGAGAUAGAGGGCUUGAAGAUUUCCCCUAUGAUGUCUUGCUGGGUCCAGACUUUGGCUAUGUGACCCGUUACCCGGUGAAUGAGCGGGUGAGCAGCCUGGACUCUUUUGGUAAUCUGGAGGUCAGUCCACCCGUCACUGUGAAUGGGAAGAAGUACCCACUGGGCCGCAUCAUCAUUGGUGUGGCCUUCCCUACUACAGCACAUGGCCGAAACAUGACUAAAGUGAUCCAGGACUUCCUGUGGGCUCAGAAGGUUCAGGAGCCCAUUGCCCUUUACUCUGAUUGGCUUGUUGUGGGUCAUGUGGAUGAGUUCAUGACCUUUGUCCCAGCUCCUGAUAGGAAGGGAUUCAGAUUAUUGCUGGCCAGUCCAGAUGCAGGAUAUAAAUUAUUCAGAAGCUUGCAGGUAAAAGGACACGGGCGUGCCAAACUUUUUCAAGGAAAAGAGGAAGAGAUCAGUGUUGAUGAACUCAUGAGCAACGAGGAGUUUCGAGCAGAAAACAUCUAUGUGCAGAACUGCAUUGACUGGAACAGGGACAUACUGAAGAAAGAACUUGGCCUGGAUGAUGAAGACAUCAUUGACCUUCCAAUCCUGUUUAAAGUGUUUCCUAAAAAAAACAAGAGAGCUGCAGCCUAUUACCCUGACAUGGUCAACAUGCUUGUGCUGGGUAAGAACCUGGGCAUUCCCAAACCAUUUGGGCCACAGGUGCAAGGCACCUGUGUGCUGGAGGCAGAGAUGCGCUCAUUGCUGGAACCACUGGGGCUUAACUGCACUUUCAUCGAUGACUUUGCCUCCUAUCACAAACUCCAGGGUGAAGUGCACUGCGGAUCCAAUGUGCAUCGAGAACCUUUUGAGUUCCAGUGGUGGAAUCUGGAGCAGUGAGGUCAUAGUGGCCUGGACAUCUCCUGCCCCACUGAUCGCCAAUGAUAUUUUACAUACCUUUUUCAUUGCUACAAUAAAAUACAUGGUCAGAUUG